AUGAAGAGGGAGGACUACGACAACAAAAUGCGGGCGUUAGUCAAUGACACCACCACGUACGAAAAAGUGAGGUCAGAUCCCACGUCCAGGUACCAAAUUGGUAACAACAGCAUAGUUAGACGGCUUAGGAACCUCAAGCUGAUCGAAUACCGAACAGCGCAUGAACUAACCUCGAACAAUGCAAUAUGUCCCCGAAUCUACGGACAGCCAAAAGCGCACAAGCCGGAUCUCCCACUUCGCCCCGUCAUCCCCAACAUAACAGCUCCAACAUACAAGCUUGCCAAAUACAUUGCCGCAAUCCUACAAAACUCCUUCCAUAGUCAGUACAAUACGUCCAGCUCAUUCGAGUUCUGCGACGAGGUGAACAACGUAACACUUCCAGAGGGAUACGUUAUGAUCUCCCUCGACGUUACGUCGUUGUUCACAAACGUCCCCCGAUCGCUAGUGAUUAAAAACAUAAUCGAGCGAUGGAAUGAGGUCAAAACCCAAAUAAACCUCGACCUAUUCCUGGAGAUAGUGGAGUACUGUAUGGAAGCCAGUUUCUUCUGUUUCGAGGGACAAUACUACAAACAGACGUAUGGGACAGCCAUGGGAAGCCCGCUCUCCCCCAUAGUAGCCGACAUCGUCCUAGAUUCGGUUAUCAGCCUAGCUAUGCAAUCUAUACCCUUUGAGAUAACAAUCUUUAGGAAAUACGUGGACGACAUCUUCAUGGCGAUCCCACGGAAUAGCGAGCAACUAGUCCUUGAGGCCUUCAAUAGUGUAGAACCGAGGCUGCAGUUCACUAUCGAAAGCGAAAACGAUCGGCGACUGGCAUUCCUAGAUACGACGGUCAUACGCAACCAGGACCAGUCCCUAACGACAGAGUGGUACGCGAAACCGAUCGCAUCGGGCAGGAUGCUGAACUACACCUCGUUUCACCAGCCAAAGCACAAAAUUAACGUUGCGAACAACUUAAUACACCGCGUAUGUUCGCUAACCCGCAACAAAUCAAUGGAGGAAAUAGUGAAGACGAUCCACCACCACCUCCAGAUGAACAACUACCCCAAACACCUGAUCAACAGACUUCUCCAUCUGUACAUCAACAAACCCGCAGCAACCCACCCACAAACAAACUCACCCAGCCGACCAUCGUGCCAGCUAUCUCCCGAACCACCCACAACAACGCCAACCGAAUCCAUCCAGCCAGUCAUCCUGCCAGCAAACCCCACCCAACUAGAACCGCCCCCACAAGAUUCACACGACACUGAUGAGGACCAAAAUCUCCAAACUAUAACAAUUCCCAGCAUCCACACAACCGACCUGACCGAACGAACAAACAACCGACGAACAGAUGAGCAACCUGAAACGACGCAAAAUGUGAAAACCUACAGAUCGAUAGGGGAGACUGGGGAGACUUGA